UACUGAACUUUUAUGAUAAAAUUGGAUUUCAUGUUAUCUUCCAAAGCUGUACAAACCACUGCUUCAGAGGACAGCUGACUCCCUGGUAGCACAUCAGCAGAGGUCCUGCUCCUCAUACUGCACUCAGCCAGCACAAACAAGAGAAAAGAAAUGCAUUUCAGCUGGGGAGAUUUCUAUGAAAAAUGGGGUGUCUUUGCUCAGAAGAGUCUGGCGUAAUCUUUCCCUAUCCUUUUCUUUUUUCAGUAAGUCCCCAUGCCAAGAGGCAGCAGAUGUCCAAUGGCAGCUCCAUCACCCAGUUCCUCCUCUUGGCGUUCGGAGACACGCAGGACCUGCAGCUCUUGCACUUCUGGCUCUUCCUGGGUAUCUACCUGGUUCCCCUCCUGGAUAAUGGCCUCAUCAUCACCACCGCAGCCUGUGACCACUGCCUCCACAACCCCAUGUACUUCCUCCUCAACUUCUCCAUUCUUGACCUGGGCUUCAUCUCCACAACUGUCCCCAGAUCCAUGGCAAAUUCCUUCUGGCACACAAGGAAAUUUUCUUUUUCAGGAUGUGCUGCCCAGGUAUUUCUGUUCGUCUUUUUCAUUUCAGCAGAGUAUUACCUUCUCACCAUCAUGUCCUAUGACCGCUACAUUGGCAUCUGCAAACCGCUGCACUACGGGACCCUCCUGGUUGGCAGAGCUUGUGCCCACAUGGCAGCAGCUGCCUGCAGCAGUGGGUUUCUCUAUGCUGUGCUGCACACUGUUAAUACAUUUUCACUGCCACUCUGUCAAGGCAAUUCUGUGGACCAGUCCUUCUGUGAACUUCUGCAGCUCCUUUUUAAUCUGAGAUCCAUCCUCCACAUUGCAGGAAUAAAUGGGAAAUGAAAACAGCUUUCUGGCUGCACCAGCUCUCUGAUGGCUGCUCUGUGUCUAUUUUGUACUGCAUGGCCAUGCAGGGUGAGAACUCACACCAGGAGGUUGUGGUGUAGAGGCAGGGCUUGUGGAAGCCAUCCAAGUGCAGGACAGAGGUGGCUUGAGCAGACCCAGAAUGUAACCCAAGGUCCAUUGUCACCACCCACCCAUUGGCCAUCUUUCUCUGGCCAUUUCCAGCCCUGGCUGUUCAACCCAGGUUUAAGGGUGAGUUUUACUGUAAGGCCAUCUCCAUCCUCCUGCUGAUCCCAGUGUCUGUAUCAUGGGAAUGGCCAAGCCUGCCCAGCUUCCCUCCUGGCCAGAGCCUGGCAGACUCUGGAGCAGAGAUGUCUGUGAAGCCCCGCAGGUGACUUGGUAUCUCCAGAAGCUUGGAGAGGCUGCCCAACAGGAAGGUCAUGGAGUGACAAAACACUAAGGAAUGCUGAGGGCAUCAUGUCAGAGGACCAUUCCUCACCCUGAAUGUACCCUGUCCUGUGCUGUGCUUGCACUGUGGGGCUGCGAUGUCACAGGACAGAGCACUAACAAGGGCCAUGAAGCAGCUGUCAAGGAGUGACAGCAAGGACAGGUACAGACAAGCGGUUUAUGUACAUUUCCUUUGCUCUGCAGGUAUGACUUUGGGAAAGGCAAAGCUCGUCUGGAAUUGGUGCCUGUAAGGAAAGUCAAGAGCAAAAAGAAGAGCUUCAGGACUUGAGAAAGAAAAUGCAGGGCUACAGCUGGAUGGAACAGCAGACAUCCAUGGGUCUGAGGGACUCAAUGCCUACUUGGCUUUUACAGGAAAGGUCUGUGAGCUCUGUGCUCAAUGAAGAGGUUCCAGAAAGAGGAGAGAACAUAUUUACAGGAACCUCAGGAAAUCCCAGAAGGACAAAUUCCAGUUUCUGCCCCUGCACGAGACUCACCUUGGCAAUGACGCUGCCUGGGUCUGUCUGUCUGGGAGCAGCCCAGUAGGUAAGGUCUUGGUCUGCUGGAGCUGGACAGGAGGCAGCCAUAUGACUGCCAGGGAGGCCACCAGCAUCCUGACCAAGGACCAUGGUCAGGAGACCAAGAGAAGGGAUGCUCUGGAAUACUCCAUGCAGGCUUCAGAUCCCCAGUUCAGGCAAGAUAUUGGAAAGGGCCCUCAGGGCUAGAACAUGUUGCCUGUCUGGAGAGGCUGAGGGAGUUGGAUUGUCCAGCCCAGGAAGAGGAGGCUGAUGAGGACUUCAUCACAGCCUGCCGGUACUGAUGAGGAGGUCAUGGAGAAUACAGAGUCAGAUUCCUCGCUAUUGUGCAUGGUGGGAUGACAAAAGGCAAAGGGAGAAGGUGAAAGAGGAGAGAUUUAGUCAGGACAUAGAGAAAAAUGUUUUCCCCAUGAGCAUAGCUAAGUGCUGGAACAGGUGACCCAGAGAGGCUGUGCAGUCUCUGUCCUUCGUGUUUUCUAACUCAGACUGUAUCAAGCCUUGAACAACUUUCUCUGACCCUGUUUCUGGCAGGUUGGACUGUAGAACUCCUGAGGUAACCUUCCAACCUCAGUUUUCUUAAGGCUCUAUUGCUAACUGGAGCAGAGCAGAUAUUGAUGAGGCAUGAAUCCUCCAAUGCUGUAGGUGAGCAUCACAACUAACAUCUGCUACCAGCAAAGAGAAGCUGACACCUCAGUGUUACUUGCUCUGUGCAGACUGUGGAGUCCUGGGCAGGGAAGGUUUUGGGGCCUGCAGCUCUAUGAAGGACACAAAUGAUCUUGUUUUAACACCUGCAAGCCUGUCAGGCAUCAGUUACUGUCUAUGAAAAUGAAAGUAUGCACAAAAUAUAGAAGCACUUUUUCAACAGCUCAGUCACUUGAGUACAUUUAAGACCUGGCAAUGUUUUCCCAAAAUGACAAAAUGAGAAAUUCCAGGAAGUGUAUUAAUGGUAGGAAAAGAAAUACUGAUCUUCCCCUGUACUUGUAUUACCUACUCUAUCUGUAAUUUCAUCACCCUCACCAUUCAGGUGUCUCUGACUCUCCGUAUCAAGUGGCCACAUCUAAAAACUUUUUAGCAGACAAUCUGGACAUAUACCCUUCCCAUUGCUCUCAGGAUUCCUCCUCCACUUGCUCUUUGGUCUUCCAGAUCCCCUCAAAUAUCUGCUCUCUGCUUUGAGCUGCAGGAAGCUAGAAACUUGCUUCAUCUUUCUAAAGUCCACACAACCUUAAUUGUGUUUAUAUCUAUCCUUUCUUAUCUCUCUAUUUAAAACUGUUCUAC